AUGGCAUGUAUGAGGUUUCAACAUUUUGGCUUACUUGGGAUCUUAUGGCUUCCGGUUUUCUGUAUAGUAGGUGGUCUUGAAAUGUACACCGUUGAUAAAGUUCUGGCAACAUGCGGAGACAAUGUGACUCUCCCGUGUAAUAUAACUACAGAAGUGGCUCUCGAUAUCAAAGAAUUCAAAUGGAUGGAGAAAAAUGAUAUUUGUCACUGGGGUGUGGAGAAAAACCUCACCAGCAUGCAGUGUGCAAACGUGACAUCCCAGAACAGCUACGACUUCCCCCUGACGAUCUUCAACAUCCAGCCAGAGCAUAAGGGAACCUACCACUGCAAGCUGCGCUCCAAAGAAGGCACCAAGAAUGGCCAGACUAUCGUUCGAGUGCAAAAGUGCGUUGGUGACGCUUUGGUCAACGUGUCCUCGGCUGAGGGGACGUGCCUGUUUGAAGGCGUUUACCCCAAGCCCACUGUGGUUUUAUGGAAGCAGGGACAUGAUGAAAGUGUCCAACAUUGGUCCAAGACGGAUGUGAAGGAGAACGCAGAUGGAUUUUUCACCGCCGUUAGCACCAUCAAGCUGAGGAACGGGCGGCACGGUGGCUGA